AUUGCAUCCAAAAUUAAAGUUUUUGUUUACAUAAUAUAUGUGUUUGUACUCUGAAUAAUUAUAUAUGAAUACACACACAUGUUUAUGUUUAAGUAAACUACUUAAGUAAUCUUACUUUUAAAUAUUAAGUAUUAUUAUAUAUAACAAAUAAAUUCUAUGAACGUAAAUAUAUACUUGGUCUUUUUUAUAUAUUCUGUAUGUGUGUAUUUAUAUGUACAUAAAAAAUAUACACAGUGCACACAGGUAAACAAAAACAUUUAUUUUAUAUGCGACUAAUCUUGAUCGUUUGACAGCACUAGUUUAAACGACAGUUUUUUAGUCUAGUAUUCAUUUAUUUAUUUAUCAGCUUGAUUUCAAUUAACAAACAUGUUUUUCAUAGUUCUAGGUGACGAUGCUAUCCGCCAUGUUGUAUAAGAGAAUAUAAACAGAUGUUAUACACCAAAGAAAACAUCAGCCGACACAUUUCCUUGACGUCACGAGUGGCACGCAUGCUCUUCCAGAAUGAGAUUGUAAUGUAAAGCUUCAUCGUUCACAUUGAAAUGCUGACAGACUAGCAGUAAUCAUAUCAGCCAAACCCCUCUAUGUGUCAAGAAGGUCCUGCAGUAAUCUCAUCAGUAAAGCUGUUACAUAACGUCUGAUCCUGCGCUGUAUAGUCAGAGGUCAGCCUCAUUAAGAUCACUGACGAUCUCGCCUCUAAGGUCUUCUGACCUCCCGUAUGGCUGUAUCCCACCAGAUCAAACAUGACAAUUUCACAAGCGCUUCAAAAGAAUCAGCGGUGUGCAUGUUCGCUGGUUAUUCACCCUCCUUUGGUUGCGGUUCCUGGCUUUUGUUCAUCACAGGCAUCGUCUAGGACAGCGGGGAGGAUUAAGAGUCACGGACGGAGAGAGCCGAAGACUUCCCUGGAGACAGGAAGGCUAUCCGGGAGAAACCACAUCGAUGCUUUUUAUUCAUGAAGUUUCAGAACAGGAGAGCUCACACGAAUGACGGUCAUAUAUAAGAACCUAAUGUAACUCUCUUUUGAAUCGUAAAAAGAAGGUGAAUAUCAUCGUCUUUGCGAACAGUAAAAUUUAAAAAUAUGAACAUGCGGAGAUAUUCGUUGACUUCAAAUCCUAUAAAAAAGAAAAGCAGCCAUGCGCUGGUCUACUGCAAGAGCACAGUGCCUUGAGCAGCUGCGAAAUGCCUGCGAGGGCAAGUCAAGUGUUAGCGCAGGUGCAUCGGCACAACAUCUACACUCUGACAGACAGCUCAGAAUGUGGGUCAGAGACGGAAGAGGAUGCAGACCCUUCCAAGCGCCUGACGCCCCUGCAGAAGUUAACGCUGGAAAUGUGCAGCGACGAAGAUACCAUAAAAGAGCUGACGGUGGGCAGAAGGGUGGGAUUCUAUAAAGUCCGCGGUCAGAUCGGCUGUGGGAACUUUUCGAAAGUCAAACUGGCCAUCCAUGCCCUCACCAAAGACAAGGUUGCCAUUAAGAUCAUGGAUAAGAUGAGGCUCGAUCUGCAGACUCAGCGCAUGCUGUCCAGAGAGAUCUCCAACAUGGAGAGCUUGUAUCACCCGAACCUAUUGCAGCUCUAUGAGGUGCUGGAGACGCCAAGCCGGUUGUACUUGGUUUUGGAGUUUGCUGGAGGAGGAGACCUCCACACCAGAAUCAGCUCGGGAGGAAAAAUCUCGGACCAAGAGAGCAAGAUUGUAUUUGCCCAAAUCCUGUCUGCGGUCAAAUACAUGCACGAGAACAACAUCAUCCAUCGAGAUCUGAAGGCUGAAAAUGUACUUUACACAACCAACUCCUGCAUAAAAGUGGCUGAUUUUGGCUUCAGCACGAGGGUCAACAAUCGCAACCAAGCUCUAGACACGUUUUGCGGUUCUCCUCCUUAUGCAGCUCCAGAACUCUUCAAAGACGAGUCUUACAUCGGGCCACCAGUGGAUGUGUGGGCAAUGGGCGUCCUGCUUUUUUUCAUGGUCACUGGCACGCUGCCUUUCCGCGCUGACACUGUGGCCAAGUUGCGCCAAAGCGUGCUGGAGGGUGCCUAUGCCCUGCCAACCUGGGUAUCGGCUCCAUGUCAGCGGCUGAUCAGAGGGAUCUUGAAGCCAGAACCUUUGGAGCGAUGCGCACUGGACCAGAUGCUGGGCUGCGAGUGGCUUCUGCCGGUGGAACUCUUCCGGCCUAUUCCUCCUUUAUACCAGCUCAACCCUGUCCAUCUAAUAGAUGCAAGCCCAGCGGAGUUAGACGGAGAACAGGAAGAGGUAAAAGGUAUCCUGGAGAAACUGGGAGUCACUCAGGAACAUAUUCUCAAUAACCAAGGAAAACGCAUGCGCAGUCCUAUAACAGGGGUUUACCGCAUACUACUGCACAGAGUUAAAAGAAACAAUGGAGCCGAGUCUGCACCUACAAUCAGCGGAGUCGUCAAAGAUCCUAAAAGAGACAGCCUCCGUGCCUAUAGGAACCUACGGCACUCCUCCAAACUUUGUGUGCUUUCCUAAAGGCAUAGUUAGUCCCUUUCAUUCAGUCUUUUUGUCCAAUGAAAGUCAAUAGGGCCCAAAACAAUACCAGACCCUAUCGACUUUCUUUGUAUAUGUUCAGAAUGACACUGCAACAUUUUCAAAAUAUCUUCUUUUUGUGUCGCAAGGUACUUAAGACUGCGAGAGGUUAAAUAAAUUCACUUUCGGGCAAACAUACUAUUGGAGUUAGUAGCCCAAAUCACUGUGACACUAUAUACUAAUUCUUAAACGGCACUUUUAACAUAGAAAUUUGACUUGAUUGUCAGUGGCUUAACCCGCACGCGAUGUUAAUGUAGCCAGCCAGCUUUUUCAUUUGUAUUUUUUUAUUGUAAAUAAAAAUGUAUAACAUC